AUGAAUGUAUUAUUGAAGUUGUUCCUCAGUGUACUGCGGUGGUCUUUGACGACGAUGGACGACGCACAAUUCUGGAGUAUUAUCAACUUCUUAACCCAAUGUCAAGCCCUAUCCGAACUGUUUGACCAAACAAAAUACAAUGGGAUUUCAUUAACAACAUACGAGAUGUUCUUUGAGAAUGGUGUAAGCAAAUUUCUGCGGGGUUAGCUUUUUGACGGAUAAAUUUUUUAAGGAGUUUUUUUCAGGCAACACACAUCAACGAACAUAACUUCCAGUAUCCCCAGUUCAACAAAACCUCGUGAGUUUCAGUUUAAUGAUUGUAUUUAAAUAAUCUUGAUGUCAUAAUUCAAUUUGAAAUGCUUUGUAAUCACUUUCGCCGUUCCAGAACGGAACUUUACCUAAGAAACGCGAGUGAUAUCGACAAAUAUGCGUCAAUGACCACAGCAAUAACAGAUGACAACGGAAAGAUAACACGAUCAAUGGGACUCCAUAAAAAUAAGCAAGCUUAAAAAUUAAACUUCAACGGGAUUUUUCCAGCACGCGCGCCUAUGCCUUGAUUUAUGAAAAGGAAAAUAUCGUCAGGUACGAUUAUUGGAGACCUUUCUUUCUUCCGAACGAAACAGUUUCGAUUACAUGCUCCGAAAAUAAGGCUGUCAUAUACCACACACCCACACUGAUUCCAGAUGCCGAAAACGAACGGGACUUUCCCGAGAGAGAGAUUCCACAAGAUUACAUCGAUUGUUUCGACAAGAUCGGAGUUGACGAGAAGAGACAUCUGAUUGUAUACAAGGAUGGUGAACAAUGCAAACAAAUUGAUUGGAAAAUGAAGCAGUGGAAACCACAGAAUUGUGAGAGAAUUCCAAUCCACUUGGAGAAAGGCGGGCAAACCAAGUUAUUUUCGUUGGUAAGUUGACACGAGUAAAGUUACAGUUCACAGGAGAGGUACUCCAAGUGCGGCGCUUAAGUUUUGACGAAAUUUGGCACAAAUUUAGAAUAAGUUUUAUGAAGAGAUACGUGAGACUCCUAGCUCGCGCUUUACAGAAACAAUUUUUAGGCUGAAAGUUGGAAAGAAAUGUGUGAUCGUUCUCCGCAUUUUUCUUACUGUCUCAGCUACAUGGGUCCUAUAUCUCGCGCUUUGCUCCUGCAAAACAAGAGCUUAAUUUUUUCGGAAGUAAUACGUGGCCUAGGCUGGGAGACAACAAAAUUUAAAGAAAUUCUGAGCGCCGCGUUUGGGGUGCGUUCAACAAAAAAUGAAUGUUUUAUCUUCAGAUUUAUCUAAUCGUUGAAACUGGAUGCAAGACCACGUUGACGAAUAAAAUCAUCGACAAUACUUAUGUUCGUUUCACCCACACUUUUCCGCCCACUACUAUUCCGCCCACCACUAUCCCGCCCACCACUAUUCCGCCCACUGAAAAGUAAGAAUUCGUGUGCUGCUGUAAAAUACAAUGUUUUUAUUUCAAGUGAGAACGUAACCGAGGGGGUUUCGGUCGGCCCUGACGUCCAUCCAAGCCUUCUACCGGUGGUAUUCCUAUGGUUCAUGUACACGAUUAUUUGCUGA